AGAGAUUAGUUCGCCUGAACGCCUUAGGAGUGUGUGAGGGGUUCGCCGGUGAUUAGCCGCUGUUGACUGUCAUCCUCCGGCAGGUGAAAUCGAAGGCGUCGGCAGACUCCUUUAUGGCGGCGUCGUUUAGGUGGAUUUUACAACUUCACAAGGACGUUCCCAAAGCUGCUAGAUUCUACGCGGAAGGCUUGGACUUCACUGUCGACGUCUGCACUCUUCGUUGGGCUGAACUUCGCUCCGGUUCCCUCAAGCUUGCCCUCUUGCAUUCUCCCAAUGACCAUGGCUUGCAGAAGGGAUACUCCUCGCUGCUAUCAUUUACGGUUACUGACAUCAACACCACAGUGACUAAAUUAAUGUCAUUAGGAGCUGAGCUAGAUGGUCCUGUAAAACAUGAGAUCCAUGGAAAGGUUGCUGCAAUGAGGUGUAUUGAUGGGCACGUUUUGGGCCUGUAUGAACCAGCAUAAGAUGGACCUCUAUUAACACUAAAACUAAUAAUGGCUUGGCGCUCCUUUGGGGAGAUAGAGAAAACUUGCAGCAGAUUAUUAGCCAUUUUUUGGGAUUCUCUGCAGUAAGUGGUAGUGUUUGUUUUUUGACAUUUCAGAGGAUAAGAGGUGACGGACUUGAGACUUGGGCAUGAAAGAAUAAUCAAGAAGAUUGAAAAUUACUUUGUCAUGUGGAUAGUGGAGUUCUUUAAAUCAUCCAUAUUCCCAAUAACUGAUUGGAAAUACACAGCUGAUAUUCUGCCUGUGCAUUCAGUUCUCAUCUUGUGCUUAUUUCAACAAGGUCCAAAGCUGUUUGUUUCCUCAUGUUUGACUUGCCUAGUUGGCACCAGUCUCUAAGAUGUCUUUAGGACUGAUCUGCAUUUGUCAUUGUACAACUCAAAGUACGCUACUGGAGAUUAUGAUGCAUUUAGGAUGUAUUCUCAUUGAUCAUUUGAAGAAUUAGAACUGUACAAGCUGAGAUUCAAAAGAAUCAAAAUAGAUGGGUAAAUCUUGUAUGUGAUUUGAAAGGCGAA